GUCGUGAGAUGUUGUCGCAAGCGCUGUGAGCAGCAUUUUCUUUGUUUGACACACGCUGGCUGGCAGCUCGUUGGCCGCCGCAAAACUUAAGCUUUUAUCGCGCUAUUUGUUUGGCACUUGUGCGUUCGGGCGUCGUCAUAGACGCCACAACGGGUGUCAUAGUGAUGGCAGUUGGUGUUGGUAAUUGUGUAUAAUGGUGGUCUGCUUGGUUUCGUUGCGCUUCAGUAAACAAUACGCCAUUCUGUAAAGUGCCGCACCGUUCGGCUAGCUCGCUGUCGCGUCCGAUUUUAGUGAGUGAGUUUAAUUUUUAGCAGAAAGUGAUAAAACAAAAAUCGUGCAAUUACAGCUUGAAAAUUGUGAGACGGUAGUACACCAUGGAAACCACACAGCCACGCAUCUGCUUGCACACGAAAUUUAAGUGAUGAUUUAUAAAUGAAUGUGGAUACUUCUAACAUUUGAUGAAGUCUAGUGUCGUGUAGUGUAGUUAAGUGCUAUUGUGUUAACUAAGUAACUGGUAACUGGUGCGAUCGAUUAACAACUGUUGUGCGGUGUGUGUGUGUGUGUAGAAAAAUGCAAGAAGUGUGCAGCAACUUGGACCCCCAAAUGGGCGCACAAAUCAAAUCCGAAUCGCCAUUGAAUGCGCUGCAUGUGUCCACGGGCGGCCAGACGAUAGUGCCAAUAGUGCCGGUGGCACCGACGGUGGUGCCCGUGUCGGUUUCAGCGCCGGCGCAAAUGCCGCUAGUGCCACAGCCGCCACCGCUGCCGCCGUCAUCAGCGGCCAUGCUUGUCAGCGGCAAAAUGGGACCGAGCAACUGUGAUAAACGUGUGACCGCUGCCGAUACAGCGUACUGGAUGGCCGCCUCCGAGGGGGGUUUCAUCAAUUCACAACCGUCCAUGGCUGAGUUUCUCAACCAUUUGAGUCCGGAGAGUCCGAAGAUGGGUACACCUGUCGGUGGUGGUGGUGGCGGAUAUCCGGUUGGUGUUGGUAUUGGUGUGCCACAGUCGGCGGACGGCAUGGAUUCGGUGCCCGAGUACCCGUGGAUGAAGGAGAAAAAGACAUCGCGAAAAAGUCAAAAUAACAACAAUCAAGCCGAUAAUGCUAUAACUGAAUUCGUUCCAGAAAAUGGUCUCCCCCGACGCCUGCGUACUGCCUACACCAACACACAGCUGCUGGAACUCGAAAAGGAGUUCCAUUUCAACAAGUAUCUGUGCCGACCGCGACGAAUCGAAAUUGCAGCGAGCUUAGAUCUGACCGAGCGACAGGUCAAGGUGUGGUUUCAGAAUAGACGAAUGAAGCAUAAGCGUCAAACAUUAUCGAAGACGGACGAUGAAGACAACAAAGACAGUCUAAAAGGUGAUGAUGAUCAGUCUGAUAGUAACUCCAACUCGAAGAAAUCUUGUCAAGGCUGUGAGCUGCCGUCGGAUGAUAUACCAGAUUCCACUUCGAAUUCACGGGGGCACAACAACAAUACACCCAGUGCGACCAAUAACAACGCGAGCGCAGGAAGUUUGACGCCGAACUCGACCUUGGAAUCAGGCAUAUCCUCAAAUCUGCUUGGUAGCUCAACUGUAUCCGCGUCGAAUAUGAUCAGCGCCGACUCCAGUGUGGCUUCCAGCGUCAGUCUUGACGAAGACAUUGACGACAGUCCCAUCAAAGUGAAGAAAAAAGAUGACAGUCAAGUUGUUAAGAAUGAGGCCGUUUCGACAUCCACCAAAGCGUCGCCAUUCCCCUAUGAUUCACCGGUCGGAAAUGGUGGCAGCAACAACAACAACGUCACUGGCAACGCCGCUGCAAUGCUGUCGGGUGGCGGUGGAUUCCGUCGGAACUCAGACACCUUGCCACACAAUGCACAAUCGGCGGUGAAUUCGAACUGUGGCCCCAACACCGAAAGUGGUUCGCGCAGAAAACGUUUCCAAAAUGGCAACAACGCGAACGCGGCAAAUAAUGAGAGCAGUGGGCGUGCCGGCAUGGCCGCGUACUUCCACGGUGGCUACUACCCGAAACACAACCAACACGAGCAACGGCCACACUUACACCAUGCGCAGCAGUCGCAACUGCAGCCGCCACCGCCACAGUCGCAGCUGCCGUCGACGCAGCUACAAUCGCCACACGAUUACUACGGCAAGUACGACAUUGAAUUCGCCGCCUCAAGUUCGCCACAACACGGGCCGCAAGCGACGUUGCCAAUGCCACCACACCACAAGCUGCAGCAAAUGCCAAACAACAACCAACUGCAACACCAGUCAAAUGGUGAAUAUCCCAGCUCCAAACCGGACUUCAUUAGCAAACUCUCGCCCGACCUGCACAAUGCGAAACUUCAACAUGAAUUCCAAGCAGCCAAGACAGCAGCCGUUAAUGCAUUCCAACACGCGCAAACUCACCACCAGCCACAGCCACCACCACACCAGCAGGUUUUCUACAAUCAUGGUGGCGAGCCGAUGCCGCCAGGUGCCGCUGGCCAGUACAUGAACUAUAAUCACCACGCGGUGGACAAUGGUGGUGUGUACAUGCAUCCCCACCAUCAUGCUGGCGCUGAGUUCGAAGCGACAUCUCUGAACGCGACCGGCAAUUACUACGAAGCCAAGUCACAAACCGCUGCCUAUUACGAACACUUGAAUUUCCAACAGCAACAGCACCAACAACAAAUCCACCCCGACUUUCACCAACACCAACAAGCACACGACGUGCAACAACUACAACAACAACAACAGCACAUUGGUGGCAUACCAGCCGAGUUCAUGGUGGAUGGCACGCCGCAUAUGAAGAUUGGCGCCGGCGCAGCGCCGCCAGUGACGUCAGCAGAUGUGUACAUGCCGCCCAAUGCCAGCGCUCUGGGCGUGCAAAUGGAGAACUGUGAUGGCAGCUACGGCAAUUUCGCCACUUUUUACGAGAAUGGCCAAGCUCAGCUGCAGCAGCAACCUGGCAGCAUGCCACCACAUCAUCCGCAAACACAUCACCAUCCACCGCAUUCACACGCGCACCAUCAGCCAACGGGCGGCCAUAUGAAUAUCGGCGCAAAUAAUUUCGCUAUGAAUGGUAGUGCGCCGGCAAAUGCCGCCGCUUAUCCGAUGGCAGGUAAUGGUGGACCCGUCGCGGCGGCUGCUGGAAAUCUUACCGGCAUGGAGAAUUCAAACAGCUCAUCGGACUUCAACUUCCUCAGCAAUCUGGCAAAUGACUUUGCGCCCGAGUACUACCAGCUGAGUUAGUUCAUCUAAGGCAAAUAAAGGGUGUUUUGCGGUACACUUUGAUUUUUUUGUUUGGAGAAAUGUCUUCAUUUGAUGUUUUAUUUUGGUGUUAUCCAAAAUAAUAUUAUUUUUUGUGCACAUAUCCACUUACAUAUGUACUUAUGUAUGUUAAGUAGUUAUAAAAAUGAGUUUCUAGUUAUGUCCUUUUUGUUUGCUUCAUUGUAUUUUGAAACCAGUUAUUUUCCUUAGUAUAUGUUUUAAAACUUGCAAAUAUUUCCUAUCAAUUAGUUAUUAUUUCAUCCCGCUGAACUUAAUUAUCAUUCCCUCAGUGUUUUCUCGUAAUUUGAAUCCUUUAAAAAUACUGUUUUCUUCUCUUGUAAGUAAAAAUUAAAUUGUUAACCUUUGAAUAAAAAAAAAAUCUGAAAAAACUCCAUGUACAUAUGUACAAAAGUUGAUAGUACGUUAGAUCGAUCAAGCAGCAAGUCAAAACAAUGUAAAAUCGAUAUAAUACGAGUAUAUGUCUGUAUGCAUCUUUAAAUUGUUGUAUAUGGCAUACUAUGUAAGCGCUAAUUAGAGUAGUAGCCCUGUGAAAUGCUAAUUAGCAAAAUUUAGUUAGUUUUGCUCAAAUGAAAAAGAAAAUAAGAAAAACAUAAAUAAAUAAUGUUCAGCAAUUGUUGUUAGUGUUAAGAUAUGCUAAUAGUUCUAUAGCUGUAUAUAUGUAUGUUUGUAAAUAAAUUUAAUAAAAAUCAA